AUGUCAGGUGGCGUGGAUUCCUCUGUCGUAGCAGCGUUGCUGGCUCGCGAGGACUACGACCUACGGGCCGUAUACAUGCGCAACUGGUCCACUCUAGACGAACGUGGCUCCAUGCAGGCGGGCAGUGGCGGGGCCAUGGGAUGCGAUUGGCAGCGUGAAUGGCGCGAUGUCCAAGCUGUGUGCCGUCACCUGGGACGCAUCCCUGUCGAUAUGAUCGAUCUAUCCCAAGCGUACUGGCUGCAAGUCUUUGAGCCUGCGCUGGAGCAGUGGACCGAAGGUACAACGCCCAACCCUGACGUGGAAUGCAAUCGUUCGAUCAAAUUCGGCGCGCUCAUGGACCGUAUCCUCGGCCCCUCUCUCGACGGUUGGCUAGCUACUGGGCACUAUGCUCAACGUACUAUGUAUGAAGGACGUACUCUCCUGCAACGUGGACGCGAUCCGACUAAGGAUCAGUCGUUCUUCUUAUCAUCUGUGCCUCCUUCGCGCCUGACCCAUGCACUCUUUCCUCUUGGCAGCAUGCACAAAACCGACGUACGGGCUCUUGCACGUACUCUUCAGCUGCCUACAGCCGACAAAGACGAAAGUAUGGGUCUUUGCUUUGUCGGCGAGCGUGGGAGUGGCGCGCAUGCCUUUGCGCGCUUCCUCGAUCACUACGUAAUCAGUGAACCUGGGGAUCUCGUGACUCCAGAAGGCCACGUACUAGGGCAACAUCGUGGCUUACAUACUCUGACCAUUGGCCAGCGAGCACGUAUACCGAGCCUGUUGGAGCGGUACUAUGUUGCGAAAAAGGACCCGGCCACGCGCCGCAUUACAGUGGUCCCUGGGAAAACGCAUCCUAUGCUUCAAUGCGUGGCGCUAGAUACUGAUACCUUUGCAUGGCAUACACCUAUACCACUGCUAGAUACCCCGCUCCUAGCCCAAGUCCGCUACCGCCAAAACGCUCAGCCAUGUAUUGUCCAGUCGCGUGGGUCAUCCGGUGUUCGUAUUGCUUUUGAACCGAGCAUGCAAGCUGUCUCACCAGGUCAGACCGUCGUUGUGUACGAUGGCCAAGUAUGCGUAGGUAGCGGCACGAUUGAUCGUGUCUAUACAGAAGCGUAG